GUUGAUCCAAACAGGAUAGCUAGAGAGAGAAAGUGACAGAUAAUUUGUGUGGAGAAAUGGAAAAUGUUGGCAGGCUUUGGGUUUCAAUAUCAUUGCUUCUAGGAGUAGUAAUAGCCUCUACUCAUGCUGAUCUGGAGAUGAAUUUUUAUGCAAAAUCAUGUCCUAAAGCUGAGAAGAUUGUGUUGGACUAUGUCAAUAAGCACAUCCCCAAUGCUCCUUCCCUUGCAGCAUCCUUGAUCAGAAUGCAUUUUCAUGAUUGCUUUGUGAGAGGAUGCGAUGCAUCGGUGCUGUUGAACUUCACAUCGAGCACUGGAAACCAAACGGAAAAGGUCGCGAUACCUAAUCGGACGUUAAGGGGAUUCGACUUCAUCGACCAGGUGAAGGGCCUGCUGGAAGCCGAAUGCCCUGGUGUCGUUUCGUGUGCCGAUAUCGUUUCUUUGGUUGCAAGAGAUGCCGUUGUGGCCACUGGUGGUCCUUUCUGGAGAGUCCCGACAGGGCGUAGAGAUGGGGUGAUAUCAAAUGUCUCAGAAGCAUUAGCACAAAUUCCAGCUCCUUCCAGUAACUUCUCCACUCUCCAGACAGAUUUUGCUAAUAAGGGUCUUAAUCUGAAGGACCUCGUAUUGUUAUCAGGUGCUCACACCAUCGGGAUUUCCCAUUGUUCAUCGUUCACGAACCGUCUGUACAAUUUUACGGGCGUGGGGGAUCAGGACCCGGCCUUAGACAGCGAGUACGCAGUCAAUCUCAAAGCAAGGAAAUGCAGAUCCAUCAAUUCGACAAACAUAGUCGAGAUGGAUCCUGGGAGUUUCAGGACGUUCGAUCUCAGUUACUACACGCUUGUGCUUAAGCGGAGGGGUUUGUUCCAGUCUGACGCCGCCCUACUAACAGACUCCAGAACCAGGUCGAUGAUCACUCAACUCGUGGAGGGACCUGUCGGGAAUUUCUAUCGGGAAUUCGCCAAGUCUAUGGAGAAGAUGGGAAGAAUCGGGGUGAAAACGGGAUCUGCUGGAGAAAUUCGGAAGCAUUGUGCAGUUGUGAAUUAAUCUUUGAGAUUUUUUGUCAAUUUGCUUCGUGUUUAAGCUUUCUGUUCUUACAGCCUUUUUGUGUGUUGUGUUUAUAUUUUGGAGUCUAUGAAUUAUUAUAAAUGUAGGAAUCUUGCAAAUAUUUGUAUCUCA